AUGAGUCACUUCACCUUUCCUCCUGUCCGUCCCGCGAAAAGCGUUCCAGUUAACCUGAAAUUCCUCAGAAAAUUGCAGGAUAAAAUUCAACAUUGCAGCGGCAGCAAGUACACUGUGUGCGACCAAGAGACUGGUUUUGACACUCACGAGACGAAAGCAGAGGUUUACACAUACAUCAAAACUACAAUGGAAUUGAUUGCGGUUGCUGUUGAAUUGCAACCUCGCAGCACCUCGAUCGCGGUAGUAGCGUGA